AUGGCCAAGAAGAUCCAGGAGUCGAAGGAGAAGAAGGCACUCAAGGCCAUGUCUGGAACAAGGAAGGACAAGAAGAAGUGGAGCGACGGAAAGAAGAAGGAGGAAGUGCGCAGGGGAGUGACGGUGACCGAGGAGCUCCUGUCGAAGGUGCGCAAGGAUGUGUGCCGAGCGAGUGUUGUGACGCGGUAUGGUGUUGGGAGCAAGUACAAUCUGAACCUCGGGGUUGCGGAGAAUGUGUUGCGGCACCUAGCGUCUGAGGGGGUGAUUGAGAAGGUGUUGGGGAACAGCCGGAUGACGGUGUAUGCGGGGAGUCCCCAAGAGAAAUAA